GCGCGGUGCGGGGCGAGCGCGCGGGGCGCAGGCGGCGGAGUAUGCGCGGGCCUCGGCGGCCAGCCCCGGCGUACAGCCGCGGCCGGGGCGCGCGGCGCGGGGCGGAAAAGCCUGUUUACACAGACUGCACACCGCCUGGGGAAUAAUGCAGUAAAGGAAGUGAGCCGGCUCGGCCUGACUGCUCCAACUUCCUGCUCUCACACACACACCAGAGGAAAAAAAAAAAAAAAAAAGAGGAGCGAGAGAAAGAAAAAAAAAGGGGGAAAAAUCAGGAUCUCAUUACAAGAGCAACAGACCGUCUGCAGACGCCUGUCAGCAUGGAAAGUCGGGGGCUUUCGCCCGGUUCCUCCUAGAAAUUCCCCCGAAGAAGGAUCUUGAAAGCUCCCCCACAUCUGGGUAUGGAGAGUGCAAUCACGCUGUGGCAGUUCCUGUUGCAGUUGCUGCUGGACCAGAAACAUGAGCAUCUGAUCUGCUGGACCUCCAACGAUGGUGAAUUCAAGCUCCUCAAAGCAGAAGAAGUGGCCAAACUGUGGGGCCUCCGGAAGAACAAAACGAACAUGAACUACGAUAAGCUGAGCAGAGCCCUUCGAUACUAUUAUGACAAGAACAUCAUCAAAAAGGUGAUUGGGCAGAAGUUUGUGUACAAGUUUGUGUCUUUCCCGGAGAUACUGAAAAUGGACCCUCACGCGGUGGAGAUCAGCCGGGAGAGCCUUUUGCUGCAGGACAGCGAGUGCAAGGCCCCCGCCGAGGGCCGAGAGGCCCACAGACACGGCUUGUCGGCCCUCAAAAGUGCCAGCCGCAACGAAUACAUCCACUCAGGCCUGUACUCGUCCUUCACCAUUAACUCCCUGCAGAACCCACCAGAAUCCUUCAAGGCCAUCAAGACAGAGAAGCUGGAGGAGCAGCCAGAAGACAGCCCUCCCGUGGAAGAAGUCAGGACUGUCAUCAGGUUUGUGACUAAUAAAAGCGACAAGCACGCCAGCAGGCCUGUGGUGCCCCUGCCCUCCACGUCUGAGGCCUUCCUGGCCUCGUCGGCCUCAGCCAAGGUCUCCUCUUUAAUGUUGCCAAAUGCCGCCAGCAUUUCGUCUGCUUCACCCUCCUCGUCUCGGUCCCCAUCCCUGUCCCCCAGCUCGCCCCUCCCUUCUGAACACAGAAGCCUCUUCCUGGAGGCCGCCUGCCAUGACUCCGAUUCCCUAGAGCCCUUGAACCUAUCAUCGGGCUCCAAGACCAGGUCUCCAUCUCUUCCCCCAAAGGCCAAAAAACCCAAAGGCUUGGAAAUCUCUGCGCCCCCGCUGGUGCUCUCCGGCACCGACAUCGGCUCCAUCGCCCUCAACAGCCCAGCUCUCCCCUCGGGAUCCCUCACCCCAGCCUUCUUCACCGCACAGACACCAAAUGGAUUGCUUCUGACCCCGAGUCCACUGCUAUCCAGCAUACAUUUCUGGAGCAGCCUUAGUCCAGUUGCUCCACUGAGUCCCGCCCGGUUGCAAGGGCCAAACACGCUUUUCCAGUUUCCAACACUGCUUAAUGGCCACAUGCCAGUGCCAAUCCCCAGUCUGGAUAGAGCUGCUUCUCCAGUACUGCUUUCUUCGAAUUCUCAGAAAUCCUGAUGACAUCUGGCCACAGUUAAAGACUUAUUAACUGAUGAAACAAAUUUGUCCCCAUGGGCUAGUUUACCUGUGUCAUGAGAAGGACAUUGUGAAACCGGCUGUUAAUUUGGUUUGCACUUUUCAUAACAUGGAUGGUCUAGAUUUAUGUUAGCAUUUUUAAAACUUUUUUUUUAUAUUCAAGUAUAUAUGAAGAUCUGUUUGGCAUUAAGUGAUUUUUAUGUUUUUGUUCUUAGAUCCUCUUAGCUCUUAAGUGUUGAACACUGUUGACAGUGAAGAACUUUUCUUAAUGGUUUUCAGUGUAACUAAUAAGGAUGUGAAGCUUUCUUUCUAAUUUCCGCAUAUGCUGUACUAUGCUUAUAGACACUAUAACCAGCUGUGCCUUCCUUUGCAUUUAGUUUUAUGUAAAUGAUUUAUAUAUUUUUUAGUAUUAAGAAAAAAUGAAAGACAAAAAUUAGUAUCAAACAGCUCUCUAGUAGAAUCAUUUUUCACAAGUAGGCAAAAUGAAAGCAUAUUCAUAUUUUUCUUUUUCGCUUUCAAUUGUAUAAGAAUUGCCUUAGAACCUCUUUUGAACUGAAGUUCAGUAAAUGUCCGAUUUCAUGUUUUUAUAAAAGAAACUAAGCCAUAUUUAGAAAAUAAACAUUCAUAAAAGAAAAUGUUUUAAAGUGCAUUUAAAAAAAAAAAAAUGAACUUUGAAAGGUUAGCCACCUAGCUGUUUACAAUCUUUUAAGCUCCUCCCAAACAAAAACCUAAGAUGGAAAUCUACAUCAGAUUCAUUCUAGCCAUGCCCCUGGGGUAUCUCCUAUGUAAGCAAAUUCUUAUUUCAAAAAAUUAGCUGUGGUUCUCCCAGUUUUCCAUAGAGAAUCACAUCCCUGAUACAUUUCCUGUAUCGUUAUGAGUUCAGGUUUCUCAACCCCUGGAACUAUAAUUAAUGUUUAAACAGCUCAUGCUUAGGAAGAGGCUUACAAACUGGUUGAUGAACCUAACAAUUCUGUAAUAGAUGUCUUCAGGGGUAUAAAGCAUAGCCUUGUUUGUGGAGAUGGAGAGGUAGGAUACACUGUUUUAUGUAUCACUAAGUUUAUGGUGAGAAUGAAGGAAAUUGAAUAUAAGAAAUACGUAACUCUUUAGGAACCUCAUUGUGGAACUGAACUACUAACAAUCUGGAGCACUCAGCAGUAAAUUCUUUUGUGUAGUGUAGAGCAGUGAGAACAGAAACAUCAGCAGAUGCCACUCUUAAGGCAUUGUUUUGUACAUAAAGUAGGAAAGUUCAAAUGUGAAAAGAACUGGAAAGUGCCCAGUGCUUUCAAGAUCAUCAUCCUUAACUGUAAGUAACAAACCAGUUUGAAAUGUGGCUGAACAACGGAUUCUACAGUAGGUAUUAAAUGGCAAGAUUAUGAAAAAUGAGUAAAAAAUAAAGCUUGUAAAAACAAAUAUUCCUUGAAUUUUCAAAGAAUCUAAAACUUUGUUAUAAUGCUUAAAAUCUUGAGAUUUUCCAUUGGAAUUAAGUGUCUCUGUGUAUGGGGAUGUAUAAAUCUCUAAUAUACACUUUUAGAUAUAAAGUUAAUUCCAAAAUCCACAGAUACUACUGUCACAUCCUCAUAAGCUGAGGAUAAUUCUGUACUAAAAUAAAAGAGCUGGUCCGGGGAACUGAUAUUUACCAAACAUGAAAUGUUAAAGGUAGAAGGGGCCUUUGAGAAUGCUUCUUACCAUGGUUUCCAGAUAAGGCAAUUACACAAGAGCAACAGGGAGUUGCCUAAGGUCACACAGCUCAUUAAAGGUAGAACAAUGAUUGGUGCUCAUUCCAGUUCUGUUUCCUAUGCCUAACAUAAGUAACUACUAGCCCAAGUAUUUAUGUUAGGUAGAAAAAACAAAGAUAGAAUAUUUUUAAAAAUUUGUCAGAUAAAAGAAUGUACUCCAAAUGUUAAGAUUCUUAAAGAGAAACCAAAGGAAGUUAAUCAAUGUACAAAAAUCACAACCGAAAAUAUUUUUAAAUGUACAUGCUGACUGGAAAUUCUCAAAAGAUUAUAAAUCUGAUUCUUGUAUUUCCUUCCUUGAAAUACUAUGAUUAACAUACAUUCUAGCUCCAUUUAUUAGAAAAAGAAAAAAGCCAUGAUUUUUAUGGAUCAAAAAACUAUGACACAAAUGUAGAACUGGAGGUAUUGAAGUAUAACUCUUAUAGCGCUGCCUCAUUCUGUGUGUGUGUGUAACAGGUUUCAAAGGACAUAUUAACUUUUUCUUUUUAUAUGUCUACUUCAUCAGUGUUAAACUGAGAUGGCUAAGGUUUUAUAGAACUAUAACCUAAACGUUCUCCUUGUACACAUCUUUUCUAUGACUGUAUAUCUUCUUCAUUCACUUUCAUAUAUGUAUCAAUUUUACUAUUAUAUUAUUUUUGUUCAAUAAAUACUUUGUGAUAAAAGGUGUGAGGAG